UUCUCCUUGUCUGUCUCCCUAUUGGCCAAGCUUCUGUAUGUCCUUUGUAAUUAUACACACAGACACUUACUUUUCUGUAUCUAUAGGUUUGCAAAAAUUUGUGAGAUAAGUAACAAAAAUGAAUCAAAAGUAGGGUGGUGGUGGUACUAGUAGUGAUGAGUAAAGAACCAAUUAGGCUCACUUCAGAGGACAAGUUGCAUCUUAUUAAAGGUUCCAUCUUUUUGCUUCCAUUUCUUUAAAGAUACUUAAAGUUUUGAUUUUUAUUAUGUGGUGCUUGUUUUUGGGUCAUGGGGUUGUGUUUAAUUGUCUAAAGAUUUGAUUUUGAUGUUGUGAAUGAAGUGUUUAUGCUGUAAUUUGGAGUGGGUUGAGGUUAGGGUUUAGGUGGCUUUUGUGUUUGUUUAAGAAUCUAGGGUUUGAAUGAGUGGUGGGUAAUGCUUUGUAUCUGAAUUGGGUUCUUGACAUUUCAGCUUUAUUGAUUGAGGGGUGUUGAGAAAGAAGUAAAGUUUCGAUUUUCCCUCUGAAUUAGAAGCAGGUUUGCAUGUUGGUAGUUCUUGAGGUUGUAUGUGAUUAAACAAUUUGUCAGGGAGUUAUGGGGGUUUAGGUGAUAUAGUUGGAAAUUUUUAAUUCGAAAGAUGGCUGCAAAAUCAAACAGUGGAUACUACCUUGAGCAAAGUAUGGCUCCGAUUCUUAAUCGGCAAAUAUCUUUUCAAUCAAGUGCGAUGGAUAAUACUUCAGACAUGAUAUAUACGGGGAAUUACUACGGAGCGAAUAGAAAUGCCGAGGGGAGUAUUGUUUUAGGAAGUUCAAGUAGUAAUGCUGGAUUAAGAGCACAUCAAGCUGCAAGCACUUCUAGCCCUCUUCUUGUUGAUUCAGUGCCAGGCCUCAAGCACGAAGCAGGCUUGGCUGUAGAGUGGUCUGUCGAGGAGCAGUAUAGAUUGGAGGAAGGACUUGCUAAAUAUGCUGAUGAACCCAGUAUCCUGAGGUAUAUCAAGAUCGCAGCUAUGUUACAUGACAAAACUGUGCGCGACGUUGCUCUGAGGUGUAGAUGGAUGACGAGAAAGCGAAGGAAACAGGAAGACCAUAAUUUUGGGAAGAAAGUGAAAGAUAGGAAGGAUAAAUUGAUGGAAUCAUCGUCAAAAGCAACAACAUCCUCGGUUUCACCAUUGAAUGUAGCUGGCUAUUCUUUUAUGAGGAACUAUCAAAGCGGGAACGAUCGCAUGUCUCGUGAAGGGUUAAGGAUUACAUUGCUACAUACACUACGAACAUCAUCGAUAUUUUCAUUGUUGAUUUCAGCUUUAGAUGGUGCAAGGCAUCUUCUGGAACAAAACAAUGAAGUCCUUAGGCAUAUUUCAGCUAAUCUUUCAGUUUUUAAGUUGCAGGAAAACAUUGACCUCUUUAGUUGCACAAGGAACAAUAUCACUACCAUCUUAAACCACAUGAGUAAUAUGCGGGGUGUCAUGAGCCGGAUGCCACCACUGCCUUUAUCCAUAAACGAGGAACUUGCAAAUAGUAUCUUGCCUAUUACGUUUCAGAGAAUGAUGUUUGGACUGCCGAGCGGGAGCCAGUUAAAGCAGGAGCCUAGAUGAAGAUUAUGUGAUGCUCAAUGUUGAGUCUAAGUUGUUGGAUCUUUGUAAGUACGAAAAAUUAUCUUGUAAAUGCAUUAAAGCUACUAGAAAUUCUUCAUUUUCUGUAAAAAUAUAAUCUUAUCAACUCAUAUUGGGGUCCCCAUGAUAAGAAAAUUUUAUAGAGCACUCUUUCUGGAAGCUGAAUUUUUUUAACUCACUGGUCACCGAAGCUCUAAACAACGAGACAGUAAUAAGAAUGAUGCAUAGAUCACCUUGCAUUUUUUGGGCAUCAGGGACAGUCUGUAAUUACAUGUAUUUUUUUUUAUCAAGUUUAGUUUUGUUGUUAUGCACAGCUUGUUUGUAAAUUUUUAUUUAUUUUUUCCUUGUGUGGUGUCAUCUAGAUUUGGAAAUUGUAAAUAUAAUAUUUGCUGAUUCUGCUUCGUUACUGUAAAUUUUACUGAGCUUUAGUGUUA